AUGACGCCGUCUCAGGAAAAACGUCACCGUUCCAUCUUCGAACUUCCAUCAAACUACUUCGACUCUUGUCGUCUUCUCCCUUCUCCUCACUCCUCAGUUUCCGACCUCAACGCAAACCACGAAACCCUUCAUUCAACCUCAAACGACGCCGUCGUUUUGGGAACUAGGUUAACCUGCAAUACCUGUAAGGCUCAGUUCGAUUCUCUUCAAGACCAACGUUCCCACUUCAAAUCCGAUAUUCAUCGAUUCAAUGUUAAACUGACAAUUGCUGGGAAACAUAUUGUGAAAGAAGAAGAUUUUGAGGUUCUGACAUCUGAUUUUGUUAAAGACUAUGAUGUUUCAAGUAUAUCUGGUUCAGAAAGUGACACCGAUGACGAUAUUGAUAGUGAAAAUGAGUGUCGAGCGCGAAGUGAUGUGCGUGGUAAGUACGGUGAAAGCUUUAAACAGAAGCUAUUUGUCUGUCUUCAGACAGGGCAGAGAGUUUCGGUCUGGAAGUGUUUGAUUAUGAAUGUGAGCGAAAAUGUGUUGUAUGAGGAUGAACAAGUGCAGAGAAAUUUGGCUGAGAGGUUGAAAUCUCUGACUGUUGAGCCCAGGGAUAAUAGCAGGUUGAGGAUCGUUCUGCUUGCAUCUGGUGGGCACUUUGCGGGAUGUGUCUUUGAUGGUGAAACAGUUGUGGCUCACAAGACAUUUCACAGAUAUGUUGUGAGGGCCAAGGCUGGGAAAAAACAGUCUACAAAUGAUGCUUCUGGCAGGGCUGCACAUUCUGCUGGUGCUUCACUUCGUCGUUAUAAUGAACUUGCAUUAAAAAAGGAAGUUCACGAACUGCUUACUGCUUGGAGACCUUAUUUUGAUGCUUCUAUUUGCAUUUUUAUACACGCACCUUCAAGUAGUCGUCAACUACUUUAUGAUGGAGAAAAGCCAUGUUUUACUAAUCCGCAAUGUGCCAGAAAUAUUGCUAUGAUUGUCCGCAGGCCCACUCUCAGGGAAGCAAAACGUGUAUAUGGCCAGUUGACACUAGUAUCUUAUGAAGCAGAUGAGAAGGAAAUUUUACAAAGCGAUCAACAAGAAGCGGUGCCACCAAUUCGUAUUGCUAAAAGAACUGGUGCCACACCUGCCAGCAAAGUGGACAUGGCUGGAUUGGAUAAAAACAACAAAGCCGAAGCUUCUUCCAGUAACCAAAAUGAUGAACCUCUUAUUUCAAGUAACGACGAAAGUGAGAACGAGUUAUCUGGUAAGUCAACUCCUUUACAUCAAGCAGCACAAUCUGCUGACUCUCAAAAGGUUACGGAGCUCCUGGAACAAGGCUUGGAUCCAUGCAUCAAAGAUGAAAGGGGACGGACCCCGUAUAUGUUGGCACCUGACAAGGAAGUCAGGAACACUUUUAGAAGGUUUAUGGCUUCAAAUCCUGAUAAAUGGGAUUGGAAUGCUGCAAAAGUGCCUAGUGCAUUGACCAAAGAAAUGGAAGAAUCACAAGCUGCUAAACAGGCAGAAAAAGAUGCCAAGAGAAAAGCUAGAGCAAAAGAAUUGAAGAAAUUACGUAAGGCAAAAGAAAAGAAGGCCCAGGCUGAAGCUGCUGAAAAACAAAAGAUUGCUCCAACAUCAGCUACAGGACAAUCACAACCAAGAAGUGGCGUGAAAUUAUCAAAAGAGGAGGAACUAAAAAGAGCACAGGAUGAAGAAAGAGAAAAGAGAGCAGCUGCUGCUGAGAGAAGAAUGGCUGCCCUCAAAAUUCAAGCUAAUGGCACAUCAGAGGCUAAUAAAAGUGGAUUAGCUGGUGACAUAGUCUGUUCCUGUUGUAAUUCAUCGCUUGCUGGUAAAGUUCCCUUCCACCGGUAUAAUUACAAAUACUGCAGCACUUCAUGCAUGCAUGUGCACAGAGAGAUCCUAGAAGAUGGAUGA